AUGUCGACGGGAGGCAAUAUUGUCUUGCAUGGCGUCAGUAACAAAAUGAGGAUCGAGACUUGCAUAGAUUCUUGCAUUCAAUCGGUUUUUACGUACGCAGCACUGAGCAGCGGGGAUGAAUGCUACUGCACGAACGUUUCUUCAAGUUCAGAAUUUCUGUCUUACGUCGACAGCAGUCUCUGUGACUUGAAUUGUGCUGGCGACAAGUUGCAUCAUUGUGGUGGAAAAACAGUUAUGUCUGUUUAUAGAACUUCAGUUCCAGACGCAAGAUGCUCGUCGAUACAUUUUGGCUCCCCGGGUUCACUCCCGCUCGUUGCGUUAGCUUCGUACCCCCGGUCCGGUAAUACAUGGACGCGAGAACUGAUAGAAAAAGCUACAGGACUACAUACGGGCAGUAUUUAUUGGACAGCAGAGAGAAAUAUGCCAUUGUCGAAAAAAGGUAAAGUGUAUUUAUUUUGUUUCCGCAUGCAAAGUUAGGCCAAAUAUGAUGCUGCUAUAUACGUAUAUAAUGAUUUAAAUAGUCAUUUUUACUUUUGCCUGUCUUCCUGUUGGAAUUUAACUUUGAUUUUCUACAUACACCCAACCCCCAAAAGGAAAUGCCAUAUCCUGUAAUUGUUGAAGGUUAUGAUUUGAUUAAAAAGUUGAUUAAAAGUAUUAAAAAAUA